AUGGAAGGCUCCUCGCAGCAACCAAACAGGACCCAGGAAGACGCCAAUAUCGAAAAAGGAAUGUCUGCUCAAGCUGUUGCUCCUGAGCGCACGGCAGCUUUCCAGACACCAUGCAACAAGCCAAAUACCGGCCCUUUGUGCAGCCAAUACGACCAGUACGACUGCAAGGCCUGCGAUCGAAUCGAGCUCUCAGGGGUAUGGGAAACGACAAGAUUCACCGAGGGCACCACUGUUGCCAGCCAAGAAGAACAUGUAACAUGGUGUUGA